AUGUAUAUUGUUGCAGGACAUCUCACUUCCAAGAGUGAUGUCUAUAGCUUUGGGGUGGUUCUACUUGAAAUGUUGACUGGCAAGAAAGUCAUGGACAAAACAAGGCCUAAGGGGGAGCAUGACUUGGUGGAAUGGGCAAGGCCACUAUUAAACAAAUGCAACUAUUUCCAAUUGACUGACCAUAAACUACAAGGUCAAUUCUCAGAAAAAGGAAUGUAUAGGGUAAUGAAGUUGGCAUCUCGUUGCCUUGUUGGAGAUCCAAAAGCAAGACCCUUAAUGAGUGAUGUGGUUGAAGUGUUAAAGUCCUUGCCUCCUUACUUAAACACGGUUUCUACUUCUAAACUCUCACUUCAGGGUUUCCAUGUAGGCCCCUCAAACCAUGAAGCUAACUAUAGUUUGAGAACUACUUCAAGGAACAUCCCUAGUCGUUUUCAAGCCUCCCCUUGUGACUUGAAGUAUCCCCUUUCUCUACCCUAA